AUGCAUCUCAGAAGUGUCUACCGCAGCUCGCACUACGCAGCCAAGCCAUCCCCGACGCUGGUCCGCCGAGAUGGUAGUAAGAAUCUGGGCGAUGCGGUCGCUGGUAUAGGUAUCUUCUUGGCCGUCAUCUUCGGCAUUGCCUGCGGCAUCAUUUUGAUCAGGCAUAUCGUGGGCAAAGUGAAGAACAAGAAGCACAGGGCACAAGGCCAAGGCAAUCAUCUUCAGAGCGGAUCACUGCGGCGACAUCGUCGAACAAGCACGUCCGCGUUCAACAAGCGCAGCAAGAUGGACCAUUCGAGUAUCCAUUCCGACUGGAGGGAUACGUCGAACUUGACACCACCUCAAUCAGCACACGCUGCCUCCAUGGCCUUCUCCCAGUCUGGUCAUCCUUGCAUGCCACCCUACCCGACGUACAGCAAUGAUGGCUUUGAGCCAACUGCAUGGGGUUCAAGAACUCCAUCGCCAUUCGUGAUCGAGGACCUUCCAGCAGCCAGGCGCCAUCCCCGAUGCAGCUGGAUCUAG